AUGGGAGGUGUUGCUAUUUGGUGUAGCAUAGGAUCGAUCUACUUGUUUUUCCUCUGGCGUUCAUCAUGGGCAUCAGGUUGGUCCAAGAAGGGUACCUGUGCAUGUAUACUCGCAUUUGCCAUAUCUGGAUUGCAUUGGCUAUCUUCUCUCGGCACGCACUAUCGCCUGAAUGGUCUUCCAACACCUCCAACGUCAAACCCGACUCAACAAUUUUCCAUAAUUGUGGCUACAGUUCUGUCCUUGAGUGAAGUUUUCAACACUUCACAUCCGAUAUUUCUGUGGAUAUUUAGAGCAGCAAAGAAUUGGCAUUGUGUUAAAGACAUUAUUCCAGCGAUGCGUCUGAAUAUUAAUGAUCAUAUUGAGAAGAAUCGACUUGGUGGCAAGGAAGAAGUGAGCCUUGUGGAUAGCGACGGUGACUUGAUUAAGGAUUAUUCCAUCGUAUUCCGAGAACUGUUUUGCAUCGCCGCCGCUGAUCUUGCGAAUGAUCUUCGUAUCCCAAUGGAAAAGUUAGGUCCUUUGUAUGACGAUGUCAUCGGUACUGGCCAGAAGGUUCCUUUAUCAGUAAUCAUCAAAUCUCGGGUCAGUAUUUUGAGCGACUUGAUCGAGAGGAUAAUUGGUGAUAUCAAGCAAAAGAUCAAAGGUGGUCGUCGGGCAAUCAGAAGGCCUAGGAAGGACAUCGAAAAAGAUGCAGGAGCAGGAACCGGUCAACUGCUCUUUCUUGUCAAGAAAGCACAAAGACGCGAGGCAGAGGCUCUACAGGCUGCUGGAUAUCGAUUUGCUAAGGUCGAACAAGUUUUGCCACUACUAUCGUACACUAUGAAAAUCGGGGAUGAAGAUCUUACCAAACAUCUCUCGGAACUGUGGAGAUUUUCGAAUCAGGAUGAUAUGCUAGAACCUGGUUGUCAUCUCGCCUGCUUUGCAAUUCGAGCUUCUGUUCGAGGAGGGUUUGAUAUUGUUGUUAGGAAAGACGCCAAAAGCCAAAUCCCGACGAUGACCUUGCCCUUUGAAACACUGGAAGACUGGCAGAAGGACUUUUUGACCGCAAUGAAUACCCUUAAUGUAUCUGAAUGUCAAAGGUUUUUGGCCAAGGCUGUUAAGGCAAAAGAGCUACCUACUAGGGAGAAGACAUUUUCAAAUCAACUACUUACUACACUCCAGUCCUUGAAAUACGAGAUUGGCGAUCCCAUUUUCAGCGAAGCAUGCCUGAUAUCCAAGCCUAUCGAAGCUCCAUGUCGUGGAACUUCAGAAAACCACAGGCCCGGCAUAGGACUUCUAAUUGCGUUCCGACUCAUGGUACCUAUCAAUACUCGACGUGCACCUGGUAAAAAGUGCGCGUUUGCUCCGCUUACUCUAUUUAAAUUACAACAACGUGUUUACAAGAAUGCUUUGGAUCAUUCAUUUUUUGUACGUGCCAUAUAUCGAGAAUUUUCACCAAUAUUCGCGGCAACCGCUCGUGAUUGUUCACAAGAAAAGAAACUUCUAUCAAGUUGGAGACAAACUAGAGAGUAUGGCCAUGUGGAACUCGAGGUAGUCGAGGAACAUGACCCCUUUGGAAACGCCAUAACUCGAAUCGUACCCAAGAGGGAAAAGCAGUUACAAGCACGGCCCACCUUGGAACGUUUAAGAACUCUUUGGGAUACACGUCUUGGUCGCUCCAGAGAUGAAAAUGAUACUAGUGAAAGAAGUGAAAGACAGAAACCAAUAAGAGCGGCUUCUUAUCAAUCGAUGGGUAUAUUGGUCAGCACGGAAGUUGCGAGGGAUGUAAAGCAUAGUUCGGAUAAGAGGAAUGAUGAGAAAGGAAAGGGAUUUGAUACUAAGCAGGGAAAUAGGGGGGUUACAGCGGUAGUUAGUGAAGAUGUUGAACCACAAACUUUUGUGGAUGAAUUGUUUCAGAUUUGUGUUAAGAAUUCGGGGAUGCCUCAUUGA